AUGAGAAACGAGCCAAUUCCUGCUUUCAAAGGGAAUGUUUUCUGUGCAGGCGCGCGAUGCUCCGCUGCUGGCUGUGACAGACCCCUGCCGGGUGCGAAGGUGCCCGACCUCCCAAAAAGAAGAGAGUGGCCCGGUGGUCCCUGGGCUCUGCACCAGGCUGCUCACUUGCAAGAACAGACCAUGCCCAGGCCCUGCCGAGACUCCCGUGGCAGCAUGUUAGAUCCCAAGGAGGAGCGCUUUACAGAGAAAUCAGUGCUUGCCCAGGCAACAUUUGUUUUUGAAAAGAAGGACCGUUCUUUGAAGCGGCCUGCAGAAGACCCAGUUUGCAAAGCUGAAAAUGUAAAGAAGAAUAACAUAUUCAUGACCUCAGCUCUUCUUCAAAGAAAUCCUGACAUCAUCAAAACUACAAGAGAAGGAUCCUUGUCACCAAGUCAAUUGUGGAAUGUCAUUAGACCUGCCACUUUACAGCCCCCACAAGCCCUGACCUGUCCUGAAAUUCCUGUAGUAUCUCUAUUGACUAAGAAAGAAGCAUGUGUUCAGAUAUCUGAAGACAGCUCUUAUUCAUCAGCUGAGAAUUCAUUAAAUUCCAAAACUGCAGUGGGGUCAUCUACUACCAUGAAUCUUUCCAGCUCUCAAAAAACACAAAGUCAGUUGCUCAAAGAAAGAAGUGUACAAAACAGCAGCAAUUCUGAUUUUGUGUUUGGGGAAAACAUGGUUGAAAGAGUUUUGGUUGGAUCUGCACAUGCUGGCAGACUUUUUAUCAAGAGUCCUGAGAGGCAUCCCAAGUCAUGUAAUGAAGCUGAUCCACACAAAGGAGAAAUAACAUCCAUCUCCACAGGAUCUGCUCAUGUUGGGCCACAAACAAAAAGAGCUCUGUUGAGGAAUGCAACACUACUUGAAUCAGCAGCUGCUUGUAUUUCUAAGCCAGUGGAGAAAAUCCUUUUAGAUAAAGUUGAAGUUAUAACUGGAGAAGAAGCAGAACACAAUGUAUUGCAGAUAAACUGCAAGCUCUUUGUAUUUAAUAAGCUUUCUUUAACCUGGACUGAAAGAGGCAGAGGAUCCCUGAGGCUUAAUGACACUUCUAGCAAUAAGCAUGGAAUGUUGCAGUCAAGGCUAAUUAUGCGAAAUCAAGGUAGCUUGAGACUGAUUCUCAACACCCAACUCUGGGAACAAAUGGUUAUAAAAAGAGCAAACAGAAAGAGCCUGUGCUUCACUGCAACAGAUCAAGAGGACCAUUCUGUUCAAGUAUUUCUAACUCAGGCAAGCUCAAAAGACACUGAACACCUGUAUGCAGCAAUACAUCAUCGCCUUGUGGCCUUGCGAAGCUUUGCUGAGCAAGAGCCAGAUGCUCAUCAAAUAGACACAGAGUCAGAAUCAGCUUUUCAGCCAUUAAACUGUGAUAGUGAUGAUGAAGAUGAUGAAGAACUAACUGAAGUGAGCAGCAAUGGAUCUGGUGUCCAGGAUAUUGUAUUACCUACUCCUCUGUACAACCUAAAAGUUAAUGGUUACACAAAAUGA